AUUCGUAUGGACGUGACGUCGCGGCUCGUGAGUGCGGCACUUUUCUAGCGGGACUUUAAGCUCAGUGUGUGUGUGUGCGCGACAGUGCGUCGGUGUGUGUGAGUGUUUACCCACAAAACUGUGUUACAAUUUUCGCAGCAACUAAUGCUCAAGAAGAGGAAAUAUUAUUAAAUAUACUAGUUGGUGAUGAAAAACAAUUAGUUCAAACAAAGUUGCAAAGCUUAAGACUGCUCAAACGGGAGAAUGGCCGCUGCACCGGCAAAACAUAUCAAAGAAGGGAUUAUUUUGGACUGAAAAAUUCACUUUAAAGCCGCUCAAGAACAAAAACCCGUGACAGCAUCGACUACAACAAAUUGAAGCCAACCAAUCGGAACCAACUUUGAGGCAAAAGUGCGUUACGGUUCCGCCAAUUAAUAUCGAUGUCACAGCAAAUCAGUGCCAAUCAAAGUGUGGGAAAUCGACACGAAUUUCCACAAAUAUGCGCCGGCAAAUAGAAACGUCGGACGUUAUAAUGAGCCAUAUCAGCGGACAAAUAUUACCCACUGGAAUGGGAAAUGGGAAAAACAAUAAGCAGCCUCAUCAUCACGAUCAUCAUCAUCAGCAGCAGCAGCAACAGCAGCACUUGAGUAAAUAGAAAACCAGUGUUCAGAAUCAAUACAAAAUCAAUAUAAAUAGCGAUAGACAGAAAUUGAUUGUCAACAUUAUUCGCUGUCGCGCAGAGCAAUAAAAACCCGACUAGCAAAGACAAAAGCCAUCGGAGCGUCGAAAGCCAAACAAAGCCCAGUCCACCAACGAAGAUGGGUGGCAAGCACCAGGGAUCUGGAGCAGGAGCCUCCUCCGGAGGCGGCAGCCUCAACUCUAGCCUCUGCAACUCCGUAAUGACGAACGCCACAACGGCGAGCAGCAGCCUCACGCAGCAGCAACAGCAACUCCAGGCCAAGUAUAUCAAGUCCAAGCGCCACCAGAGCCGCUACACCAGCCUCCAGCACUCCGGCCACGAUUCCGGCAGCUAUCUGCACCUCAACUCGCUAUGGUCGAUCUGGUAUGGUGUGCUGCUCACCCUGUUCCAAGGAUACUUGGCCAUGCACGGAGCCUACAGGUUCUUGGGAUGCUCUCUGAUACCCUGGAAAAUCGAGCCUGUAGCCGAACUCAAUCUGCAGAUUGUCCUUUCUGGAGUGGUGUUCAUCCUGCUGCCGGUCUUUUUUACAUCUGCCGUAUUUAAGGUUGGCAACUUGGCAAACGACGGAAUUAAAUUGGCCACAGGUGCCAGGGAGCGGCGCUGCACCCUCUCGCCGCACGAUGGUCUGGAGGAGGAGUCGCGGGGCGGAACCCUUCGAGCCCUUUGGACACACGGCGGACCCACGGCGGCCUUCGUCCACAUCCUGAUUGCAUUCUGCCUGCUGCUGCCGCGUUUGCUGCUCGAGGCUCGCAUCAUUGAGAACGGAUUGCUGCCAAAAGAGCAAAUUUGGGCCACUGAAUUGGACUUUGUUGUGAUCAAUCGACGCAAUUUGAUGGCCAUGUCGGUGGUGGGAGCCACACCCUUUCCCAGGCACCACCAGCCGUCGAGCCAGCAGCAGUCCCUCCACCAGCAUGGCAGACUAAACUUGACUGCAAACAGCUUGGAACAGGACGAGGAGGACUACUUCAACGAUACCAUGUUCACGGCCAUCCGUGGAGUGCCAGCCGGGGGCAAUAACAAUUUGUUCGAUCUGCGACCCGAUAGGAUGGCAAACGGCAGGAAGGCGGCCAAGACGACGGCGACGACCAGGACAACAACCACCGCCAAUAAACUGGAUGCAGGCAAGGGCCAAUACUUUGAAGUGCCCGAUUUAAUUAAUCAAGAUAUCGACGAGGAGGAGCGCCAAGAGCUGGAGGAGGCGAUUCGUGGCGAGGAAGAUGAUGGAGAUGAAGGUGUGGGUGUCGGCGAAGAGGGAACCGUCAUCAUGCCAGAUUUCGAUGAGUUGGCGCCAAGAACCGCAGUUGGAACGUCAACCACAACGGCUAAGGCGUCCUCUGACGCCGACAAGUUAAAUGUGGAAAAUUGGCAACAGCUAGGAACUCUGGGCAAAGCGGACGCAUCGAGCAGCUCCAGUAGCACAACAUCUACCACAACAACAACUACGACAUCGACAACAACCACUGCAGCCACAACAACUAGAACAAGGGGCACCACCACUACCACCACUAUUAAACCGAUGGAGAUAACAACCAGCAGACAACCAGCACAUCACCAUCAUGGAAAAUCCCGCAAACACCACAAACUUCACAAUAAACAACGUCAACAGCAGCCACCGCGUCGCCAUCACGUGGCCUCCCACGAGCAGGCGAUCCUCGAGAGCUUUCCAGAGGAGGAAACCACCACGCGCGACAGCAGCAUUCAUCGCGUAAGACCCGAAGUCCUGCCAGAGCUACCGAUUCCCUCGACGCCCGUCUCGGCCUCCAACUCCAAGAUCAUUGCCAUCAAAGCGAAGAACCAGAAACGCAGGAUAUCCAAACGGGCUGCCGGAGUUGAAAUCGAGCCGGAAUAUCUGCUCGGUGAUGCCAAUAUAAAUUCCAGCGAAUUCGUUGCCAAAUCGAAUGAGGAGGAGCCAGAGGAGAACGAGGACUUCGAGCUGGAGGAUGGUGAUUUUCAGGCAGUGCCCGCCCUGACGCCUGCACCUCCUGCCGAACCAAACGGUCCGAAGCCAGGGCAGGAUUACGUCCGACUGGAUGGCUUUGCCGGAAUGCUGCAGCUCUUCUUUGGCAUUGAUAAACCCAUCGAUGUGGCAAUUUUCUCCCAGCCACCCAGUGCCGAGUUUGUGAACCUACUUUUCGCCCUGUUGGUGUGGUCCGUUCGGUAUCCGGCCGUUUUCUGGAAUACCUCAAAGGCCUUUGCCUGCGUUUUCAGCCUCCAGAUGGUGGUGGCCGCCCUGGACAUCAUACUGGGUUAUGUGGGCAUCUCGAAUCUGUACAAGCUGCAGAUCUACGCCGAGGCCAUGCCGGUUCAUCAGCCGGGACUCAUCCUGAAUGCAGUGGUCACUUUGGCUUUGUAUCUUUUGUCCACCGCUUUGGUGUUGGCCUCUUCCAUGGUCAUGUACUUGUACGGACACGGACGUCUGGCCACCCGGAUGCGGGAUCGCUCCAUCAUCACUUUGAAGACCCACCAAACCUGGAUCUACUUCGCCCACUGCGCUUCCUUGUGCUUCGUCCUCGCCUUGGCGGUGGUGAAGGCUCCGCUACUCAACGAUCUCAGUGCCACCUACAAGAACAAUCUCCACUGCCCCACCUUCCUAGCAGCUCUGGUCGGAGUGACACACCUGCUGCUAUGGAUUGUCAUCUGGCUCUGCCUGACCAUCAAGCGGCGCUGGCACUUUAAGCUGCCUCCAUUGGACAGCACUUACGGCGGACUACUGGGAAAGUCCAGUGCCCAGCCGCUCCUGAUGUCCAGUGGCCAGCGCACGGGGAGCAACUCGAGCAGCAGUGGCUGCAACUCGACCAGCACCACGGUGAAUGGUGGUGACUCCAAGCCGGACAUGAUGAGCACGGCCACCAGCACGGAACUGGGAAUGGGCAUGGGCAUGGGUGGGGGCAUCAAUGGGGGCAUGGGCGGAACGGGCAUGGGACUGGCCGCCCAGGAGGACAUCUAUUGGCCCAAGCUGACGCCCAGUUCGCCCAAGCUGAAGGUCACCUUCAACGAAGUUACGAGUACGUCUGAUGAUGUCCUACUAAUUGGUGACCAAGAACAAACUGAUGGCAAGCGCCAUACGAGCCGUGGAGCCUCGGUAUGUUUUGCCAGUGCUACGGGGGAAGUUGACGACGGCGAGUACGCGACAUUAAGGGCAGCCACCGCCGGGGCCGUCGUGGGCAUCACCAUGGGCAGCAUGAAGAGGGGCGUCAGCAACACCUCAGUGGGGGUAAGUCUGCUCCACCUUUCCGAGUACGACGAACUUCCUCCGCCGCCGCCGGCCAACCAUCACCAUCAGCAGCAACAGCAGCAGCGGCAGGCCCAUUCCUUUGCCCAUGGACAUCCCCACGACUAUGCGAACCUGAGCGGAUUGGGUGGCAUCAGUGACGACAACAUCUCCGAGGAGGGCAAGCUGCUGGCCUGUGUGCGCGAUGACAGCAUCACCUACGCAUCCACCAGGGACUUGGAGCCACCACAGCCGUCGGCCCAGGCACCACCACCACCUCCACCGCUGCCCAUGAAGGGAGCACCCGUUCCUCAGCCACCAGCGGUAAUGCCCCACUCUGCCGGCAUCUACGGACGCGCUCCUCAAGCAAUGCCCGAGAUGAUGCAGUUGUCGCCCGAGCAUCACCACAAUCCACUUCAGCAUUCGCUGCAGCAUCCACAGCACCAUCCUCUUCAGCAGCAGCAGAAGCAGCAGCCACCACAGCAUCCCCUCCAGCAGCAGGGCAAUCCGCACCAGCAUCUAGUCAGCCCCUUGGCUCCGGUCACGGUCGCAGUUCACACCAACGAAGCGCAUAUUGCAUCCAGUUCCACACCCCGUUGCCUGCGUCGCGCCGAUUCGGGCGUUCCCAACGAGGCGUUGACACCGCGCAGCGACACCACCUCCACCACCGAAAGUACCAACACCACGUCACCGCCGGAACGCGCACCCUCCGAGUCCUCCAGUGGCGUCCACUCGGGCGAGGAGCGUGAGCUGGAGGUCAUCAUCCGGCCAAGGGCCAACAGCAAGCCGCCGCCUCGCCCGCCACAGCCGCCGAUCCAGGAGGAGCCCUACGGCCGCUGCACCAACAUGCGCAUGUCCAGCUUCAAUGCGGAUCCCGCCGCCACCUCGUCGGCGGUCAUCAAUAGUGCCACAUUGCCGCCGCAGCGUUCGGUGCCGGAGCAGAAGUUCGACUAUACGGCUCACUGCAGCACAAUGCCACUGCCGGUGGGCUGUCACAGCCAGCAGCUCGCCGGGAGCGGUAAUGGUUAUGCCUCGACCUCGGCAAUGACCAGUUCCAUGGGCGGUGGCGGUAUGCCACCACUGCCGCCAUCGCAGGUCUCCAGCUUCAUGACGCCCAACAGCAUGCAUUACGCCAAUGCCUCAGUGGCCCUCGGAAAUGGUAGUGGUCAACAGCAGCCGCACACUACGCUGCCAAAUGGAGUGCGCUACUCCAAUCCGCACUUUCUGCGCCGCCUGCCGCACGUGACCAAGGCGGCGGAGUCGCCCUAUGGACACCUGGGCUACGGAGCUGGUCACCACGCCUUCGCAAAGCUGCCGCACGAGACGCAUCCCACGAUUCCGGAGGAUCGCGACUCCGCCAACUACUCGAUGGCCUCCGACCAGGAUUGCGGACUGUAUGUGACGGCCCAGCUGCACUAGGAUGACAAGGGAUCCCCCUUAAUUUAUACUAUGAUCUUAGACUCAGAGCAUUGCGCACCAUGUAUUAGCCCUUAAAGUCAAAAGUUAAAGUCUGAUUGCUCUGCGGCAUGGAACACUAAAACUUGUAUUGAGUGUCGUGGUGCAAUCGGUUUUUAAACCCAUAGCCUUACCAUUUUGCAAUGCCGCAAGUCCCAAGAUCCCAUUCGCUCUAAGUUAGCUUCUCGGUUUUUGUACAGCUCCGGGCGCCCAGAGAAGCCAUACCAAAUCCACUAAUCUUCCAAAGGAUCAGCUGGUUACCGGACCCCAAAUGAAUUAAAUUACUUCUCGUUUGCUUUGCCUUGACGAUGAUCCACUCAAGUGUGUAGCGCUAAUUGCCACCCAAAUGACCCACUAAAAAAAUUGAGAAUUGAAGCUUAACUAUAUCUACAUCUAAACUACACCUACAUCUACGGCUAAAUCUAAAUCUAAUAUAUAUUUAUAUUUAUACAUGCUAUGCUCGUAUACAAUGUGUAAGAUAAUAAGCUAAUCGAGUUUAAGUAAUCAAUGUAAACUAAAGUUUAUCAUAUCAUAUAUGAAUCGAUAGCUAACUGUAAGACCCUAAACAAAUAUUAAGGCGAAAAGAAUAAAAUAUCAUAGCUCGAUCUUGUGCAAGCACUCAAAGUAUUUUCCCCUAAGCAAUUUCUCUUAUCAAACAAACGAAAAAUGGAAUGAACAAAGGCAUACGAAUUUAAGCAGCAAUUCUAUGGUUUUUAUUGUAAGGUUAAACUGUAAAGUGGUACAUCGUAAUUUUAUGGCACUAACUAGCCAACACGUUAUGCUUCAGCUAGUCGGCAUAGAGGAUAGAGGAUAGACACCCAGCAAGGCUUUGGCAUAUGUAUUUUUUAUGGUCUCUCAACGCUUACCGUUUAAGAUGAAUGUAAAAUGUAAUGUAACAAAGCGACAAUAUGAAUACUAUCUAAUGUAUGAUACGAAUGAAUACUAGCCACGCCCCAUACAUAUCUCACACGCACAAGACUUUUGACCUCAUCCCACUGCACCCGCUUACUUUUGAUUUUGAUUUUUGUGCCCCGCGUAAUUAGAUAAAUGUACUCCUAUUUUGGAUCGGGGUCAAUAAUUGCUCUGGUAUCAUAUCUAAUAUAAAGAAUGGAUUCAGUUGCUGACCCUUUUGGUAGAGCAUUACUAUAGCCGGUCGUAUUUAUUUUUGUUGUCAAGACUGAUUAGUAAUAUAAUACAUUUUGAGAAGCACACCCAUCACACAGAACUUGAACGAUCCGAUGUUGGCUUGAGAAAUUCAUAGCAUUGAUACGAUAGUGGAUAGGCCAUAAAUAUAGUUUAGUAUGUCGUCAUUAACUUGGUUCCUUUGAGAAACGCACUAAACUACACGAGGUAUGAACGAUUAAGAAAGAACACUUUUGUAAAAUAAUUUCCAAUUAAUUAAAGAAGAAUUAUUCAAUUGAAAUAUCCAAAAGAAAUACUAAGUAUGCCCUUUAAGAACAUUAUAAACACUUGAGUUAUAUACUGGGUCUAUUUUUUUGCGCAACAGAGCAAAAUCUGUAAAUGAAAGUAAGGUUACGCCCAGUAUCCCAAGAUAUGGCGCAUGCAUACACAAAACAUUUAUGUUUCACAAUAUAAAUAAAUAAAUGUUUAAAUUAUUUAUAUAUACAAUAUACGAAUUAAAUGGUUUAUCAAUGGUAAAUAAAGAAAUACCACCGCUUUAUGUAAAAUCCCAAAAA